AUGGUUUGGCUAGCGAAGCAAAAGGCAAUAGCGAGAAUCUAUGGAGACUGGGAUGAUUCUUAUAACCAGUUACAGAGAUACUUCAAUGCGUUGCAAACCUUUGUUCCAGCUCCAAGAUGUGGGGGCAGCUCAUCUAGUUCGAAUAACGUGGAGGAAAUGCGAAAUUCCGGUGCUGGUGAAGGCAUUCCAUUUUUGGACAUAGGUAGGGGUCGUAGUCCGUCCUUUAAUGCCUUCGUGGCCCCCGCCCAGAAUACAGAAAUACCUGACCGACGUCCCUUCCCGAAUGUCCAUGUUGCAUAUCCGGAAGGAAUGGCCGACGGGUUGGCUGACUCAUCUGAGGAAGACGAGAUUGAGAAUGAUAGUGGAGAGGAAGCAGAGGUUGUUCCGGAAACCCAACCGGUUCAGGGCGAUAGGGUCAUCCCAAGUGUUGUUGAACCGAUCAAUGUUGCAAGGGUCGGAGGUCUUUCGAGCGGCACCCCCGACCAUUACCUGCACCUCAGUCUUGGUCCAAUGAACUCGACAAAUGCAGAGGACAUACCCAGUAACUAUGGUUUGGCAGGUGAAAUGGAGCUAGAGGUUGGCUUGAAAUUCCUGACUAAGGAUGCGGCAAUGCUUGCUGUUAAGAACUACAACAUACGUCGAAGUGCGGAAUUCAAAGUAGUGGAGUCAGAUCAUACCAGGUAUGUUUGUCGCUGCAAACUUUUUGGUGACCAAUGUUCCUGGGUGGUGAGGGUUGCGAAGACGAGGGCGUCGAGAUUUUGGGAAGUCCGAAAAUACCAAGGGCCUCACACUUGUUUGGCGUCCGCAACCUCACAAGAUCAUGCUCAACUGGAUUCAAAUGUCAUAUGCCAGCACAUAUUCCCCAUGGUUCAAGCAGACGCAACGAUUUGCAUAAAAGUGUUGCAGGGGUCCGUGGAGUCGGCAUACGGAUACAAGGUGUCUUACAAAAAGGUUUGGCUAGCAAAGCAAAAGGCAAUGGCGAGAAUCUAUGGAGACUGGGAUGAUUCUUAUAACCAGUUACAGAGAUACUUCAAUGCGUUGCAAACCUUUGUUCCAGGGACAAUUGUUGACCUACAAACCCGACCAUACUACGUGGGGAACACUCUUGAUCGUGAUAGCGUCAUGUUUCACCAAGUAUUCUGGUCAUUCCCAUCGUGUGUCGAGGCAUUCAAGCACUGCAAGCCUCUAGUUUCGGUUGAUGGAACACACCUGUAUGGUAAGUACAUGGGUACCUUGCUGAUGGGAAUAGCACAGGACGGAAACAACAACAUUCUUCCCAUAGCCUUCGCGCUAGUGGAACGGGAGAACACAGAUGCAUGGUACUUCUUUCUGACCAACUUAAGGAGACAUGUGGCUACGCAACCAGAUGUUCUACUGAUCUCUGACAGGCAUGCGGCCAUAAAGGCUGCGCUGGAGCGAGAGGGUUGUGGCUGGGAACACAAUGUUUACUGUGUCCGACACAUUGCGUCCAAUUUCGCAACAAACUUCAAGAGUAAAGAAGCCAAAAGACAUCUUGUUAGCGCUGCAUACUCGAAGACCCAAGAGCAGGCACAGUACUACCUAGAGUUAAUCAGCGCGGAGGAUCCGGCCACGUCCCCGGCAAUGAUGGCUUGGAUAAGAGGGUUAGAGCCACCGAAAUGGCUCCAACACCGGGAUGAGGGGCGCCGAUAUGGUCACAUGACAACGAACCUUUCUGAGUGUAUUAACUCUGUGAUGAAGGGCACUCGUAACCUUCCGGUGUGUGCAAUUGUCAAGUCCACGUACCACCGUCUAAAUGCAUUGUUUGUCCAGAAGGGUCAGCAGGCAGAAGCACAGCUUGCAUGUGGCCAGAUGUUCUCCCAGUUCUUGCAAAAGGCAAUACUUGCCAACAGGGAGGGAGUCACGCAGAUGCUUGUCAUAUCGCACGACAGGGCGACAUCGAUCUUCACCGUCGAUGAGAUAGCCGGCAUAGGGUCUCAAUCUAGGUUCAGAGUAUACCUCCAGCAAAGACGGUGCGACUGCGGCUACUUCCAGGCAUUGCACUACCCAUGUGCCCAUGCGCUUGCAGCAUGUGCCCAUGCUAGGCUUGAUUGGCAAUCAUAUGUCGAUGAUAUGUAUCGGGUCGAAAAUGUCUUCCGGGUAUAUCAGAUGGAGUUUCCCCCCUUGCCGGAUGAGGAAGUGUGGCCACCCCACGAAGGACAACUUCUCCGUCCUAAUCCCCACCUGCGACGAUCGAUGGAUGGCCGACCUGUGUCAACAAGAAUUCGGAAUGAGAUGGACGACGUAGAGCCUGGACCGGGAAAGCGAUGUGGAAUUUGCAGGCAACCGGGGCAUACUAGGAGACAUUGUCCUCAUGUCACUGGCACUUAG